CUCCUAUACGAGUACUUGUUACUACGUAUGAAACUUCAUAUUCCUUCCUCACUUCCUGUCGUCCUGAUUGAAUUUGCUUUCUUUGCUAGCUGCUAUCUCACAACCCUCCCACUCACUUUUCACUCCCAGGUAUUUUCAAAAAAAAAAAUGUCAUUGAUAUAGGUUUCUAGCUUGUCAAAGAUGGGUGAGGAUCAUCAUCAUCUCAUAGAGUUGCCUGCCUACUACUCCAUAAAGAGACUCGGGUUGGAGAAUGAGAGCGAUGGUGCCAUUUCACAACAACGUCCUAACCACGCUCUUUCGGUAGACUCAAAUCGCUUCAUCAACUACCUUAACAUGAUACUACUAGAGGACGAUACCGUUGAGAAUAAUGAUGAAUUCAUGUUCUCUGAUCCUACUGCUCUAAGAGCUACAGAGCAGUACUUUUAUGAAGCCUUAGGUGAGAACCCUUCCUUAGAUAGCAGUGUCGGAAGCCCAGAAGGCAUCUCGGUUGGGGCCUCCGAUUCUGAUGUUAAUCUCUAUAGUUCUGGUCCUGGAGAAUCUAACUCAUCUGGCACAAGUGACCUCUCAAUCCAGUCUUCUUCAUCAAGUCACACUAACUUGGAUGACUCUUUAUAUAGGUUUGGCAGUGCUAAUUUGGUUCCAAAUAUACUUUUUGGUGAUCAAGCUAUGCCCAUUUUUCAGUUCCAGGGAGGUGUGGAGGAAUCAAGAAGAUUCUUUCCUUCCAUUAACCCGAUGGUCAUCCAUUUCGAUGACAAAUACUCAUUUCACCAGGUGACAACUGAGGAAUUAGACAGUGGUAGUGCUGUCGGUAUAGAGAAGGCGGAUCACUCGGCUGGUUCUUGUAGGAGAAGGAAGCACAACUGUCUGGGUGAAGAAAAUAAGGAGGAAAGGAUUAGGAAGCAGAAUGCAGCUUGUAAGGAGGAAAUUGAGUUAUCAGAGGUGUUUGAUAAGGUUUUGUUGUGUGUUGAAGAUAAUGAUGAUUCUCCAUCUGGAGUAGGAAAACAACAAUCGAAAGGGAAAAAUGGUCACAAGAGCCGUUCAAAUAAACGAGGAGACCAUUGUGGAAUUGUUAAUGUUGAGUCUCUUUUGAUCACCUGUGCAAAAUAUGUUGCUGAUGCUGAUUACAUGGCUGCAAAACAACAACUGAAGGAGAUCAGGCAGUACUCUUCCCCAACAGGUGACGCAAACCAAAGGCUGGCACAUGCAUUUGCUGACGGUCUUGAAGCACGGAUUGGUGGAACGUGGCCAGAACCUUAUCCUUCAUUUUGCAAUAAGACUCCAGUUUCCGAAAUGCAGAAAUCCCACAUGUCAACAAUAUUGCCAUUUAUGAGGAUCUUAAUCUUCUUUGCGAAUAAAAUGAUUUACGAAGUAGCAUCAAGAGCCGAAUCACUGCACAUAAUAGACUUCGGCAUUCUUCAUGGUAUCCAAUGGCCCACUCUUAUUCGGGAUCUUUCACGAAGACCCGGUGGCCCUCCAAAACUUCGAAUAACUGGGAUUGAGCUUCCCCAACCUGGUUUUCGUCCAUCGCAAAUGUUAGUCGAGACGGGUUGCCGCUUAGCUAAAUAUUGCGAGUGUUUCGGUGUGCUAUUCGAAUACAACGGCAUAACAUCAACAAAUUGGGAGGAAAUUAAGAUCGAUGACUUGAAGCUCACAAAGGGUGAGAUGGUUGCUGUUAACUGUAUUGAUCGAUUCAAACUCCUACUAGAUGAGACAGUAUGUGGUGCGGACAACCCAAGGGAUGUUGUUUUAAAGUUAAUACGAGACAUAAACCCUCAAAUUUUUGUGCACAACGUGCAUAGUGCAUCACACAACUCUCCUUAUUUUGUCAAUCGGUUUCGAGAGGCUCUCUACUUCUGCUCCGCCCUCUUUGACAUGUUUGACACAUUUUUCCCAUGCCAUGAUAGUCAAAGGUUUAAUUUCGAAAAAGCGUUUUUUCUUCCCUUAAUAAGAAAUGUCGUUGCAUGUGAAGGCAAGGAAAGGUUUGAGAGGCCUGAAACAUACAAGCAGUGGCAAUGUCGCACUAUGAGAGCAGGAUUCAAGUCUCUCCCUUUGAACCCUAAAGUUGUGAAAAAGUUGAGAGCUAAGGUGGGGGAAACAGGUCAUAAAGACUUUCUAUUUGCCGAAGACGGCGAUUGGAUUCUCCAAGGGUGGAAAGGCCGAAUUAUUUCAGCCAGCUCUGGCUGGAUACCUCACAACCCGAACCCGUGACUUAUUGGUUAGGUGGUAAGACCAUCAUUUUUCUUUUUGAUGGGAUAAGUUGGGUGUAAUAGAAUUUUUUCAUAGUAACAUCCUUCUUGGUUUUACAUAGAAAUUAAAAAUAAAACUAUUGGUAGUGUAAAAGUAUUCCAUUUUAUGUUUGUUUAUAUACUAAUAUUGUAGUAACUUCUUUAUAAAAAGUUGUAAUAAUUUCUAUUUGUACAUGUAGAGUAGUUUUAUCCUUGCCUAUUUAGCAAAGUUGUAUGAAAAACACAUGUAUGUGCUUAUGAGUGAGUACAUGUAUGAAACAUAUAUGUUAUGUACAACUAGAUCGAAGAAACUUACUUUAAACUC